AUGAAAGCGUCUACCACUCUGAUGCUCCUCAGCUUGGCUGUUGUUGGCCUCGCUACGCCUCUGAAACGUGACGUCGACUGGACGGAGAAAUAUGUCAAGCCCGAAACCCGGGAUGUCGAAUGGACUGAGAAAUACGUCAAACCUGAAGCUCGCGACGUCGACUGGACCGAGAAGUACGUCAAACCUGAAGCUCGCGAUGUCGACUGGACCGAGAAGUACGUCAAACCUGAAGCUCGCGAUGUCGACUGGACCGAGAAAUAUGUCAAGCCCGAAGCUCGUGAUGUCGAAUGGACUGAGAAAUACGUCAAGCCUGAAUGA